GAGGAAUCUUAGAAGCCGGGCCCCACUCUGUAGUCACUCAGUUAACCAUGGGCGACGGUGACUCACCCGUGGGCCUCUCUGUCAUCUCAUUCAAGGGAAUGAGGAGCUGGCUGGACAAACUGUUACUCUGGGCUCUUAUUCUUUCUAUUGCACUUCAAAAUGCCGCAGUGGAUUGUAAGAGAGUGGAAAUAAACGAAUUACCUUCUCCAAAUCUGAACUCAAGUAUUAAUGUGGUCAGGAUGGGCCAAAAUGUAUCUCUGUCUUGUUCCACCAAGAACACAUCAGUAGACAUCACCUAUUCACUCUUUUGGGGUACAAAAUACCUAGAGAGCAAGAGAAGAAGAGGGGGAGCUGUGGAUUUCCAACUGAGCAUCUCCAAUGUCAACAAGACAGGCCCCUACAAAUGCAAAAUCAAUGUUUACAAUGUUUCCAACGUUUCCAACUCGUCAAAAUACAGUCAGGAUUUCAACUUCACAAUUGCCAAAGAUGAGAGCUGCCCUUCAUGUCGACUGGCACUGUUGCUCCCAGGGGUGUUACUGGGGCUUCUGGUAAUAUUCCUAGUUCUGGCUUUUUUGAUUCAUCUAAAAUACAAGAAAGGAAAGACUCUGAGAGAGAAUGAGUCCAAAGGUUCUGAAGAUGCGCCUACUCAAAGCGAGCUGUAUGCAAACGUCUGCAAAACUCAGACAGGGGCAGAACAACCCCAAGAGAUACAUUACGCCAUUCCAGUCUUUAAGGAGUCGGCACCCACGGAACAAGAAGGCAGUAUGGAUAGAAAAGCUGAUUACUUCUACUCUGAACUUACCUACUAAAGUGCGAAGAAACUGACUGUGUCCCAGUGUAAAAGACUUUCUAGUAAGCUGAUGUAUAUGGCGAAAUAGGAAAUUCACCUGGCACUUAAAAGUUUCAUCCUAGGCUGAGGCAGGAGGAUCCUGAGUUCGAGGCCAGCUGGGACGACAUAGCAAGACCCUGUCUUUUUUUUUUUCUAAAGAUUUAUUUUUAUUUAUUUUAUGUAUGUAUGUGGUACACUGUAGCUGUACAGAUUGUUGUGAGCCUUCAUCUGGUUGUUGGGAAUUGAUUUUUAGGACCUCUGCUUGAUCCGGUUGGCCCCGCUUGCCCAAGGAUUUAUUUAUUACUAUAAAUAAGUACACUGUAGCUGUCUUCAGAUGCACCAGAAGAGGGUGUCAGAUCUCAUUAUGAGCCAC